AUGGCCCGACAUGGGAAGACCAAGGUCCGGUCGAAACGGGCACCAGCAAUGGCCGCACCUAAAGUAUCGCCACAUCAAUUUACGAUGCAACAAGAGGCUCGAAAUACCGAGACACAUCAUCGAAUUUGGGCGGCUAGCAAUCUCAGGAGCAAGACAGUCCGGUUUGUGAGGGCAGGAGAAAUGCAGCGAAGCGACUUUGAGAAUGUCGACCAAGAUACUCAAGGCCAGCUCCAGAAAGCGACAGGUGGGACCGACGCCCCACCGGAAUCGAUCGAGGGAGAAGAGCAGAGGCACACCAGAGAGGAGAAAGGAGAAGAGGACCAGCCUCUGUUUUUCAUGGACACAAUCGGAGAACGCAGACCGGACACGGGACUUUUGGACCCGGUACUGGCCACAGCGACCAGCCACUCGGAUGACACCAGCGAAGACGAAGUUGUGUUCACCGGACGAAGGAAAGCCGCCACAAAACCCAUUGUGAUCGAAACCGACCAAGAUGACCUUAACGAAAUGUUAUAUACUCGCAACAUGGGCGACAUUCCUCAAAUGGAGGAACUCACGCUUCAAACCCACCAGUCCUGCCCAACAGGAAGUCGGCGAAAUUCCCCCCCGAGGCAGAGAUUUCAAUGGUCCCCCGACAAUGAUGAUAUGCUGGCGGACUACAUCGCCAACAUGGACCAACACUAUCGCAUCGAGGACGACGAGGACGACGAGGACGACGAAGACGAUAGCAGAUUGCAAUCAAAGCCCGAGGGUGGCAUUGGGAUUGAUCACAGAGAAGCAGACCCUGGGGUGCCGCCCAACUGUUUUGCUUUCUCAGAGAGACGGGUAAAACAAGUCGCUGCGACCCAUGGAGCUAAUGUUGGAAACACCGGCGAGGACCAAGUCCAAAGUUCGAUAGACGCCCUGGAAUCGGAAAACGAAGAUGUCACUUUGGGGACACCUGACUCGUUCGACGUGGACUCCGACGAAGAGCUGGACCUGGACGCAGACCUCCUCGAACAAUUGGCCCUCGAGUAUUCCGCCAAGAACAAAAAGAAAGGUUCAAAGGGAAAAUACACCUUCGCAUCAGCGACAGCCUUUGCAGAUGCCCUCGAGUCAGACCCAUACUAUGGGUUCGAUAUCAUGGACUUCAAUCGACCAAGCUUGGCGAAACAGAGCAAGGGAAAGAGGUCUCCCGCACUGGACCUGGAACUGUCUGACAGUGAUCUUGAAAUGCACCUCCAAGAGGUCUGGCUGACUGACCGCAAGAAAAAGAGUACGAAAAAGAAGGAGAGAGAAGAACUACGUUCCCAGGGCCUACUCGGCGGGGACCCCGAAUAUGCGGACCUGAAAGUCAAGUAUUCAAAGGGGAUGAACAUGGAAGAAUUGAUGACCGAAAUUCGGUCUUUUCUCUUGUCCCAAAAAAACAGUCUUUCUCUACCUCCCAUGACAAAGCAUCGGCGCAAGACGAUUCACGAGCUGGCAAACAUAUUGCACCUCAAGUCCCAAUCCCGAGGAAACGGGCUCAUGCGGUUCCCCAUCCUCCUCAAAACAUCCCGCACACCUGGAUAUACUCGGAAGACUAUUUCAAAGGUCGAUUCUUUGCUCUCUGGACGGAAGUUGAAUCGCCGCUUGUUCCAAUCCUGGGGUCCAGAUGGAACCAAGCCAACAAAAUCAAAGUCGAAAGGUGUCACUGCUGGUGUUUCAUACAUGGACGGAGAUGUUGUCGGCGCAUCUGCUCCCGAAAUUGGAGCAGAAAAUCGGGGUCGGGCAAUGUUGGAAAAAAUGGGCUGGAGUAGCGGCACAGCCCUUGGGGCAAGCAACAACAAGGGAAUUCUCCAGCCCGUUGCACACGUGGUCAAGAAUUCGCGAGCGGGACUAGGAUAA